UUUGCUGACUUCCAACCCGAGGGGACUUCACCGUCAGCCUGGGCAAGCACACCACACCAGUGCCACCAGCCUCCAUCACCACUGGUCUCGGCAAACCACCCCAAGCAACAAACAAAAAAUGGCUCCUUUUGAGAAAUCCAUGGAGAUGAUGCCCUUCAAGCAAAGGAAAUGUCUUGCAACAAGAAAAGAUGAAGUGUGCAGCAUUCGCUCUAAAUUCCCCAACAAGUUGCCUGUGAUUGUUGAACGUUACAUCCGUGAAAAGACACUCCCCCUGUUGGACAAGACAAAGUUCCUGGUUCCUUUUGAGCUCACGUUGGGUCAGUUCCUCUGCCUGCUUAGGAAUAAGAUUGACUUGGACUCUACGAAGGCCCUGUUCCUCUUGGUGGCAGAGAGGAGCAUGUCCUGCAUGUCCUCCAGCAUGGGGGAGGUUUAUUCCCGCCACAGCGACGCAGACGGCUUCCUCUACAUCACCUACGCCUCGCAGGAGAUGUUCGGAGCAGCUCAGUCGGCGGCCAGGCCUCACUGCUGAGUCUGAGACAGAAACAAAAUGAACUGAACCCAGACCAAAGGUGCACAAACAAGCAAGGACAAACUGAGCCCAGCCAAGACUGAUUUGUCCAUUUUUAUACCCACAAACUGCAUCUCAUUCUACCUCAUAAACCCUUCUUGACAUUUAAACUGAAUAAAAUAAAAUCACAUGGUAUCUCAAGAAACCAAAACUGGACAUACGUGGACAAAAAUGCCCCUGAUGAAGACAUUUGUUUUAGGCUGAUUGAUAAUUUGAUUUCUAUCAGGAGAUAUUAGGAGAAAAUAACAGAUGUGACUGUUUUGAGUUCUGUAAAUUAACUCUGAGCAUUGCAGUCACUCACUGUUGUCUGAGCUUCAGUGCAAAUGUCCCAAUUGUCACAUACUUGCACUACCAGUUCAUGCAGGGUAAAACCACCACCACCUUCUUCUUCUUCUCCACUCUACAAACAAAAACAAUGGAGUCAGUGUCUUUCUGGUAAUCAGGCUCCUCCUUAGCACUUAUCCCCCCUCCCUCCCCUCUUUCCUCUGAUUGACUACUUGUCUCCGUCUUCUCCAAAAAAUGUGAAAUUCUACUCUGGACUCACGCAGAUCAUUGCAGGGACUAUUGAUGUGUUGUGUCUCCAGCUGUCACUAUUCCAAUAAAGAAAUGACCUCCUGUCCUUUUAA